AAAAAAAACACAUCUUUUAUUUUGACAUCUCGGUUACGUAACCCGGAUGUACUUUAGAUAAGUUUAUCCAGUGAGCUAGCAGCAGUUGUACGCAUGCAAACAUAAAGGCGGCAGACGCUCUCCAGUCCCCCAACCACUGAGACCAUGUCCAUCCAGACAGGUGUGACUCCCUCCCUGCGCUUCGGCCAGGUGGUCAUUGGACCUCCUGGCUCUGGGAAGACCACCUACUGUCGGGGCAUGCAGGAGUUCCUCUCUCGCCUGGGACGCAAGGUGGUUGUGGUGAACAUGGACCCUGCCAACGAAGGACUACCGUAUCCCUGUGCGGUGGAUGUCUCAGAGCUGGUCACUCUGGACGAUGUCAUGGAGGAGCUGAAGCUGGGGCCCAACGGUGGGCUCCUCUACUGCAUGGAGUAUGUUGAAGCCAAUCUGGACUGGUUAGAGAAGAAGCUGGAAAAGCACAGUGACUGUUACUUCUUGUUUGACUGUCCUGGACAGGUGGAGCUCUACACCCACCAGAGUUCAGUAAAGAAUAUAUUCUCACAGCUGGCCAAGUGGAAUUUCAGGCUGACAGCAGUGCACCUUGUGGACUCUCAUUUCUGUGCUGACCCAGCCAAGUUCAUCUCUGUGCUGUGUACCUCCCUGUCCACCAUGCUGCACGUGGAGCUUCCCCAUGUCAACAUCCUCUCCAAGAUUGACUUGAUUGAGCAGUAUGGCAAACUGGCCUUCAACCUUGACUUCUACACAGAGGUCAUGGACCUGACCUAUCUUCUCGAUCACCUGGCUGCCGACCCCUUCUUUAAAAAAUUCCACCGUCUAAAUGAAAAAUUGGCAGAGGUCAUACAAGAUUACAGCCUCGUCUCCUUUGUGCCUCUCAAUGUACAGGACAAAGAGAGCAUGAUUCAGGUCUUACGAACAGUGGACAAAGCCAAUGGCUACUGCUUUGGAGACCUGGAGGAGAGGAAUCUGCAGGCCAUGAUGUCAGCUGCUGUGGGGGCAGACUUCCAGUUCGACUCUACUCUUGGAGUGCAGGAGCGGUAUUUUGAAGCCGGUGGAAAGACUGUGGAGGAGGAGAUGAUGGAUCUGUAAAUUGAAAAGCCCAAAUAAAAGGACAAAACUGGUUGCCUUUUUACCAUCAGUAUACCAGGGGAGUCUUGGCAACAUCCAUCUAACUUGGCCUGAAUUCUGAGCCUCUCUACAAAAGCAGUGGAGAGAUAGGAACUAAAUUUGGGUGCUGUAGAUGCUUCAAGGUUGCACCACACCUCAUAAAAAUCCCAAUAAGGACGACUGCAGGGAGUAAAUGCAGAGUGGUGUGAUUCAUCGUAUUUUUCACACUGAAAUCUUCAAUAAAUGCCAAUACAUUUUCUUAAAAUGCACCAAAUCUAAAGGCCCUUGGUUAGGUUUUGUUUUGUUUUGUUAGAUGCUUAUGAUCCCCAUGUUUUUGAGAACACUCGGGUAAAAUGUCCAUGGGUAAGUCAUAUUCAUUAUGAAACAAUAAAGUGACUGCAAUUCAUA